AUGAAUCCCACAGAUCAAGCAAGAAAAGAAGCAAGGAAAAGAGAAUUAAAAAAGAACAAGAAACAGCGUAUGCUUGUUCGCCAAGCAGUGUUGAAAGGAAAAGAUCCAACUAAGAUUUUGCAAGAAAUGGAAAUGAUUGACAAAAUGGAGUAUGACCCUACUCAACCUCCAAAGCUCAAUGAAAAAGUCCUCAAGGAUAAGCGGAAAAAGCUCAAAGAGACGUUCUUAAGAAUUUUGAAACUUUAUGACAAAGAAAAUCCUGAAUAUGCUAUAGAAUUAAGGAAAGCGGAAGCAGAGUAUGACAAAAAGAGGAUUCAGUUACAGAUUUAUUUUGAACAAGUGAAGAAUGCCGAACGAGUGCAACUUGAUCAGAUUCCUCUCCCGGAAUUACCACUGGAGUACACAAUUCCUUCGAUGAUUCCAUUGCCAAGUGAAAUGCCUCCCCUUGGCUCAGUACCUCCCCAAAAACAACCAGUUGGAAUUUUAAAGAAGCCCUCCAUGUUUAUGCCUAAAGUAGGAGAUAUGAAAAUGGCAGAUAUGAAAAUUUAUUUAAAAAGAACACCACCAGGCCCCCCACCAGGGCUUCCACCUGCUCUCAGCGACAGUGAAGAUGAAGAAUACGAUCCAGAAAAAGACAUCCAUGAAAUUAUUGGCACGGUUGAUGUUGAUGAGCAUCCAGUCGAGAUACCAGAACCUGUCCCAGAACCAGAAGGUGAACCUCCUGCUACCAAAGUAAGAAAGAUCCGUUUUGCUGACGACAAAAAGAAACGCUCUUCAGAUGAACCAGAAAAAGAUAAUCGAUUCCAGUUUCCCAGGAAGCAGAAAAAGGUUGUGACACCGUUGCAGGCGAUGAUGUUGCGGAUGGCAGGACAGCAGGCUCCUUCUCAGGAUGAUGAUGAUGAAGAUGAAGCUGACAAUAAUGAAAAGGAUAACAAGCGUGAUGAUCAUCAUAGUUCAGACAGUGAUUACGAUAAACGGGACGAAGAGGAGGAAAAUGAUGCUCGUGAUGCAAAAAAUGUAGGCCCUAAGUUUCAUUUUCUUUUCUUUUAUUGUCUCCAUUGA